AUGACCCCGGACGAGCAGCUGGACGUCCAAAGCCUGGCCAACCGCAAGAUCCGCGAAAACCUGUCGGUCACGGCCCGGGAGACUACAUACACCGACGCGGUGCGCGACGGCGCGCUGGCCUUCUUUGGCGACCGCUACGGCGACGUGGUCCGCGUGGUGCGCAUGGGUCAUCACGACGACCAUGAUGAGCCCUUCAGCUUCGAGGUCUGCGGUGGCACCCAUGUCCACGCUACCGGUGAGGUCGGCACGCUGGUCGUGCUGGGAGAAUCGAGCAUCGGCGGGGGUAUGCGACGCAUUGAGGCCACUACCGGCCGCGCAGCCGAGGAACUGUUCGUAGAGCAAUCCGCCACGCUGGAAGCCAUUUCCCGUAGGCUGCAGGCUCCCGUCGCCGAGCUUGAGGCCCGCCUGGAUGCCUACAUGGCGGACACCGAAGUGCUGCGCCGGCGUCUCGCUGAUGCCGAACGCGCCAGCCUGCGGUCCGAAGCCGAGUCUCUGCUCGACCGCACUCGCGACAUUGAUGGCGUGAAACUGGUUGCCGGCGUAACAUCCGCCCACAACGUUGAAGCCAUGCGGGAGAUGGGAGACUUCUUGAAGCAGAAGCUGGAGAACGUCGUGGUUGCCCUGGGUGCGGUGAUCGACGGUUCCCCGAUCAUCGUCACCAUGAUCACGCCAGACCUGGUGAGCCGCGGUCUCCAUGCGGGGAACAUCGCUCGCGACGCCGCCAAGCUGAUGGGCGGCGGCGGCGGCGGGCGUCCGGAAACCGCUCAGGCCGGAGGACGCCAACCGGAACGUCUGGGCGCUGCCCUGGACAGCGUGGCCAACCUGGUCAGGGCUGGGCUGGGCAAUUAG